AUGUCUAUCACUGUGCGCACCCCGCUAUUGAGAAAUGAGCAUGUAUCAUCUCAGUUACGAGAAUGGGAUGAUCCACGCAAAUGGUCUGCAGUUCGAAAAUGGACUCUUGCAAUACUCGUCUCAAAUUAUGCUGUCAUGGGUCCUGUUUCUGCUUCUAUGGUUGUCACGAGUAUAAAAGAGAUCUCGGCAGACUUGAAUCUACACUCCGAAGUGGCCUCGCAAUUGUUAGUUGGAAUUUUUGUGCUGGGACUGAGCUUGGGGCCUCUUUUCAUGGCACCUCUGAGUGAGGUCUAUGGUCGCUGUCGGGUUCUAAAUACAGGCCAUGCCUUAUUCCUUGUUGUAAACAUUCUGUCUGCUUUGGAGACAAAUGGAAAAAGAUUCUUGCUGCUACGGUUUUUCGGAGGAUUUGUUGGUAGCAGUCCGAAUGCAAUUGGCACUGGAAUAUUGAGUGACCUCUGGAGCAACGAAGAUCGAGGACAUUCCCUGGCAGUUUAUACCUUUCUUCCUCUCGCAGGACCUGCCAUCGGUCCCAUCAUGGCACAAUUGAUCCUCGAGAAGGCGUCGUGGAGGUACAUCUUUUGGGCAAGCUCUUCUUUUAUCGGGGCAACCUUACUGGUUGGAAUCUUCCUCUUGCAAGAGACGUUUGCUCCUGUGCUCCUGAGAAAGCAUUCAGAGCAAUGCAUAAGACCAGGUCAUCCAACCCGUUGCAAUGUCGAGCAUCCCUUCAACAAAAGUAGUGAUAGAAUCACAUGGUAUGCACUACUUAAGCAGGAGAUGUCUCGUCCAUUCAUUCUGCUUGGGAGUCAACCGAUCAUCCAGAUUCUGGCUUUGUAUAUUGGCUAUCUAUUUGGAUUGAACCAGUUGACUAUAGCAACUUACCAGUCUCUCUGGACCACAUCAUAUCGAGAACCCAAAAUAACGGCCUCGUUGCAUUAUAUUUCGAUCGCACUAGGUUUUAUUCUUGGUUGCCAAAUUGGCGGACCCAUCAAUGACAAGAUAUAUGCAGCUCUGAAGCGCAAACACGGAAUUGGCCUCCCUGAAUUCCGUACUACGGCGAUGAUCAUUGCCUCAGUUUUUGUUCCAAUUGGCCAGAUUCUUUACGGCUGGACCGCACAAAGGACUUGUUAUUGGAUUUUUCCUGACAUCGGAAUCGUUAUCUAUUCUUUUGGUCUGAUCAUAGGCUACCAGUGUAUCCAAUCUUAUGUUCUUGAUUGCUACCCCACUUACUCUGCAUCGGCAAUUGGGGCUCUUAGCUUUCUACGGGCCCUUGCAGGCUGCGCCUUUCCGGUUUUAGGGCCUCCACUAUAUCGUGCACUCGGUUACGGGUGGACUAGUUCAUUGCUAGCUGCAGUUGCAAUACUAGUGGGUUUACCUGCGCCGAUGUUGCUCAAUGCGUGGGGUCCGCGACUCCGCAGGCUGAGUCCAUACGCGGCUGGAGAAACAGUGAAUCUAUAG